AUGAUGGGGAGAACUUUCAGUUACAGUUUAAGUUCUUCAUCCGCUAGCAUCCGCAGUGGAUGUCGAGAAGCUGAUGGAGAGUACGGUAUUCCGACGAGUCUAUGUUACUAUGGCGGACGAGUCGUUGUCCAGACUUCUCGGACUGAUCAAAACCCGGGAAAGAGGUUCUUCACUUGCAAAAACAGUGAGCGCCUAGUGGAGUAUGAAGCAAAGCUGAAGGAGUUGGAGUUGGAAUUGGAGUUGCUUGCCAAUCGAGGUGUGAAGGAGUGGAUGCUCAAAUUUGCGAUUGGUGGAGGACUUAUUGGGUUUGCAGUCAUAUCCACUGCAAUUCUCCGUCUCUUUAAGUAA